AUGAAGGUCUCGAAGGUUUUCAGUCCAGCAGUGUUGCUGGUGACACUAAUCGUCUGUGGAGCUAGUGGUCGGAAUGCUCCAGGGUCGCUCGACUCAAAGAACGUACGCCUUCUGAAGGAUCUGCAACGGCAUCUAGCGCAGCCAGUCAUACCGGACACGUACCAGGGAUCGGCGGGUAAUCCGCGGUUAACCGGAGCCCGUUUCCGCACUCGAGUUGAUCAUUUCGAUCCUCAGAAUCGGGAUACGUUCGAGUUUAGUUAUUUUUCCAACGAUGAGCUUUACGAGCCCGGUGGACCGAUCUACAUCUUUGUCGGUGGCAAUUUCCAACUGACGACGUAUUACAUCGAGCACGGGCUACUGUACGAUACGGCAGCCCGCGACCAUGCCUGGCUGUUCACCAACGAGCACCGAUACUACGGUACCAGCACGCCUGUUCAAGACUAUUCGACGGAAAACUUGCGCUUCCUGCACACCGAGCAGGCGUUGACGGAUCUGAUCGAAUGGAUCGAUCAUCUGCGCAACGAGGUCGUUGGUGAUCCGAACGCGAAAGUCAUCCUGAUGGGUGUGGGUUACGCCGGAGCGCUAGCAACCUGGGCCCGUCAGCGCUUCCCGAACAUUGUGGACGGUGCGUGGGGUUCCGGGGCCACCGUGUUGGCCAGUUUCGAUUUCCAGGAGCAUGCGAACGAUGUCGGAUCCAUCAUUCGCCGGUUCGGUGGUGAUGAGUGCUACAACACGCUGUGGGUUGCGUUCCGCACGGCACAGAAUCUGAUCGACAGUGAACGGGAUGAGACGGUUACAACGCUGCUCAACACCUGCGAACCGAUCGACUCCAGUAAUCUGCUCGACGUGGAAACACUCUUCUACCAUCUGAAGCUGGCCAUACAGGAGGCCGUGUUCCAGGGUUAUAACACGACCCGGAUCGAGCAACUGUGCGGCAGUUUGAUCAACUCGAGCGAACCGACGGCGCUCAGUGCGUUGGCCACUUGGCUCGAUGUCUACUACGCCAAUCUACCCUGCAAUCCGUUCGAUUUCGAUGCCAAUAUGGAGGCGGCGCUGGUGCUGAAUCCGGGUGCACCGGAGAACGUGAUACUUGGCCUACGCCAAACGCAGUACCAGGCGUGUACGGAGUUUGGCUGGUUCCGGACGACCGACGAUGAUGACCAACCGUUCGGAAGCCGCGUCACAAUGCACUUCUUCCUCGAGGCAUGCCGAGCCCUGUUCGGUGGCUGGGUAACCGAUGCCGUCAUCUACGAUGGCGUUCGCUUGACGAACAUACACUACGGCGGCCAGGAUCCACGCUCGACCAACGUGCUGUUCACUAACAGCGAGCUCGACCCGAACCGCCUAGUGUCCAUCACGAGCUACAUCAACCCGCUGAGUUAUGCUUACGUCGUGCCGAACGAGUUCAUCUCGUCGGAAAUCUAUUCCAUCGACGAACAGGACUCGCAGGAGCUGGUCACGGUCAAGCGCAGUAUUCAACAGUACUUUACGCUGUGGUUGGGUGGUGGUGUGACUCCCGUGUAGGGUGGCUCGUUGCGGA